AGAAAGUAAACCCUUUCUUCACCAUUGUUGAUGGAGAAGAAAACUUCAUAUCGUAUAUCUUGUUUCUGUUGAGAGAAUAAAAAGUAGAUUUCAGUUGAGCUGUUUCUCUUUUCUAUUAAACCUAUUAGGUUAAGUAGAAGCUCGUGUGUGUUGUUGAUAAGCCUUGAGAGAUUUUUUCAGUUGCAUGGUUAACUUAACCUCCAAGUCAUAAUAUCUUUAAAAGCCCUUUAGAUUCUGCUUUUUGUUGUUAUCUUUUGAUAAGAAUAAAAUCUUUUCCCUUCCCCCUUUUGUAGCCAAUUAGCCCAUAAAAUUCGAAACCUUUAUAAGGUCACGCAGCGAGUUUUGCAUCCUUUUGGCAGAAGCAAUGGAUCAAAGAGAAGCAAUGGCUUUAUCCGGGUCGGGUUAUUAUUACAUCCAGAGAGGCAUGCCUGGUUCUGCUCCUCCACAAACUCAACCGUCGUUUUAUGGAUCGCAAGGGUUUCAACAAUUCUCCAAUCCCAGCUCUCCUUUCGGCUCAACUGGAUUCGUGUAUCCUCCUUUACAAGUUGAGACUUCUCAGGUUGAUUCUUUAACGCCGGUUGCACUUCCUCCGUCUGGUGAGACGUUUGUGAAGCGGAAGAGAGGAAGACCGAGAAAAUACGGACAAGACGGUUCUGUUACCUUGGCAUUGUCUCCUUCAGUCUCCUCCUCCUCCAUCAUGUCCCCGAACUCUAACAAACGUGGCCGUGGAAGACCUCCUGCUUCCGGCAAGAAGCAAAGGCUUAGUUCCAUUGGGGGAUUGAUGCCGUGGGGGACGAGCUUCACGCCGCACGUAAUCGUAGUUUCCGUUGGUGAAGACAUUGCAUCAAAGGUUAUGUCCUUUUCACAGCAAAGUCCAAGAGCCAUUUGUGUUUUAUCCGUUACUGGUGCAGUCUCUACUGCAACUAUUCUUCAACGAUCGCUAUCACACGGAGCUAUUAAAUACGAGGGUCGUUUUGAGCUUUUGUCUCUCUCAACUUCUUAUCCGAACGCAACUGACAAUGACUACCCAAACAGCACUGUGAAUCUAGCGGUCUCACUCGCUUGCCCCGAUUAUCGUGUCAUUGGUGGUGGAGUUGGAGGGCCUCUAAUAGCAGCAAGCUCAGUUCAGGUUAUCAUUGGGAGCUACAUUUGGGCUAUUCCUAAAGGGAAGAUUAAAAAACGAGAUGAAGAUGUCCAAGAAACUGACGCUUUGGACGAUAACAUAGCAGCAACGUCGCCUGAUGUUCCUCAGCAAAGCCAUAACCUUGUUCAGACGCCUGUAGGGAUGUGGUCAACAGGUUCAAGGUCAAUGGACAUGCAUCAUGCCCAUAUGGACAUUGAUCUAAUGCGUGGAUGAUCCAUUUGUGUGUAUAAGCAUUGAAUCUAGGAGAUUAAGAAGAAGGAAGACUUAAGCUAACUUCUCUAAGAACAAAAUAUCUAGUGAUUUUCAGAAUUCAUGCUGGGUUUUUGAGCUUUUGGUUAAUUGAGUUUUUUUUGCUUU